AUGAUACAACGUUUGGAUGCUGCGAGCGCACGCAGGUUGAGUGCGGGGCAGGUUAUCACGGGCGUGCCCAGCGUGCUGAAGGAGUUGGUGGAGAACAGCCUAGACGCCGGGGCCCGCACCGUCACUGUGCGCCUUGAGGACUUUGGCCUGGAGAGGAUCGUCGUGGACGACGACGGCGGCGGCAUCGCACUGGGCGGCGUGCUAACCAGCGAGGGGACCGUGCGGGAGGAUGCGUGCCCGCCGCUCCUCGCCUGCCGGGCCACGACGAAGCAUCCGCGGGGGGAGGAGGCCGCCCCCGCGGCGCAGGCGCGGGACCUGCUGGGGUUCCGCGGCGAGGCGCUGCACUGCCUCGCCAACCUGAGCGAGGUGGCCGUCCACACCAUGACGGCGGCGAGCCACCCCACCACCCUCUGCAUCACGUACGACGUCAAGGCGCACCGCACCGGCGUGAGGGCGACGCGGGAGCGCAGCGCCCCGGGCACCACCGUCGUCGUGGAGAAGCUUUUUCGGGCCCUGCCUGUGCGUCACAGAGAGGCUAGCAAGAGCAAGAAGAAGCAGCUGCUCGCUGCCACGUUGCUCAUGAAGCAGUACGCGCUUUCCCACCCCCACGUGCGGCUGCUGGUGACGCACUGCCUGAGCCCACAGAGCGCGCCAACGACGCUGGUGUCGCUGACCGGGACAAACGAUACCCAGCGUGCACUGGCGGAGGCCUACGGUGGGCGCCACCUCGCGGACAUGAGCCGCGUGGAAUGGGAGUUUUCGUUUGGCACCCUCACCGGUUUUGUCUCAAAGAUUGAUGCCGGGCGCCUCUCACCUGACAUGCAGGUGCUGGCGCUGGAUGGCAGGCUUGUGGAUUUGCCAAUGAUCUCGAGGGGCAUCAGUGACGCAUACGCUGAGUGUCAGCCCAACGCGGCCCAGCGUGUGCAUCCAGUCUUUUUCCUCCACCUGACGUGCGACAGGAGUGUUCCCUACGACGUGAAUUUGGCGCCCAACAAGCGCAAGGUCCUCUUUACGGAAGAGAGCGAGCACACGGAAGAAGUCCGCGCGCGGGCGCUUGCGACAUUUCGGGCAUCCACCGAUGGGAUUGUGGUGGACCGGCACAUCCGUAUCGAGCAGACGCGCCGGGCGGAUUGGAAGGCCUCGCAGGACUCAAAGCUUACGCGAACCCCCGUUUCUGCCACCGCCCUCACGCAGUUCACGUACCGGCGCACGGACCCGCCGUUGACGCCGUCGUCUGCUGAAGACCCGGAGGCGACUGAGCCGGUCGAAAUGUCAAAAAUGCGCUCUUCCCUCUACUACACCCAAACGGAGGCAGGGAGUGGCUCGACUGCCGGCACAGGCGUCGGCAGUGCCGACGACGACGAUGCUUCCGGCGGCAGCAGCUCCCCCACUCCGUCGCUGUGCUCGCCUGUGGCGGGAGGGCCGGGCGGCGAGGAGGCCGCGUUGACGCGGGCCUGCAAGCGUGCGCGUCCGCUGGACUCGCCGGACGACGCGGCGCAGACGGCGGUGGCGGACGGCAGCACCUCGCCGGUGUUCCUGACGGAUGAGGCAAACCAGCCCCGACCCGCGGGCCCGCGGACGGGCAUGCGCUUUCCCUCCCUCACGGCUUUGUCACUGCAGGCCUUGCUGCACCCCUCCGCUGAGGCGACCCCAACUCCCCCUGGAGUCAGAGAAAAGAAGCGCCAACAAUUUGGCUCCCUCGCGGAGCAGACGGAGAAGCAGCUUGCGAUGCAUUUGGACAAAAGCUCCUUCAAAGAGAUGCGCAUACAUGGACAGUUCAACCACGGAUUUAUCCUGGCGUCGCUUGGGGACGACGUUUUCGUAGUUGAUCAGCAUGCCGCGGAUGAGAAGUUUAACUACGAGGCUCUGGUGGGACAGUACGCGGCCCGACCUCAGCCGCUCCUGACGGCUGUUCCCGUGUCGAUGGAUCCGCAUGAUGUGGAUCUGGCGGUGCUGCACAGCGAGGAGUUGCGGCAGCAUGGCUUCACUGUGCGGCCUGGCGAGGACGCCAACAAGCUGCUUGUGUCAUCGGUGCCCGUACUCCAAUACGAGGUGGUGGGGCCCCACGAUGUCGUGGAGUUGGUGCAGCAGCUUGCACUCUACGGCGCCAUCACCAAGCCGUUGCGCAGCGUGUGGCACUCCAUGGCCACAAAGGCGUGCCGUUCCAGCAUCAUGAUAGGCACGGCUCUCUCUGAGAAGACCAUGCGCUCCGUUGUGAGUCGCCUCGGCGAGCUGGAGCAGCCGUGGAAUUGCCCGCAUGGACGCCCUACCCUGCGGCACGUCGCGUGCGUGUCCUCUCUCAUGGCUGCACUGAAGCAGGCACCUGCGGAUUAA